CUCAACGCGUCCCGGAUCAAGAUAACCCUCUCCACCGAACGCAAGCCUAUACCAGCGCCAGACGCUCCAGAAGUCCUCGCCCACAAAGCAUGCACCGACCACAUGAUCUCCGCACGAUGGACAGCAGAAAGCGGCUGGGGAAACCCAACCCUCAUUCCAUACCGACCGCUCGCGCUGGCCCCCAUAGCUAGCACGCUCCACUACGCGACACAAUGCUUCGAAGGCAUGAAAGUCUACCGUGGCUACGAUGGCAAACUGCGCCUCUUCCGCCCGACCCUCAACUGCGCCCGCAUGCUGUCCUCCUCCGAACGCAUCGGCCUCCCCCGCUUCAACCCGGACGAACUGCACCGCCUCAUUCACAAGCUCUGCGCCGUCGAAGGCCCCAGAUGGCUCUCCGCCGACCGCGGCGGCGAAUGCAUGUACAUCCGGCCCACGCUGGUCGGCACAGGCGAGGGCCUCGGCCUCGCCGCCCCCCCAGAAGCCCACCUCUACAUCGUCCUCUCCUACUGGCCCAGCCCCACCCCCUCCCCCUCUCCCAAGCAAGAAAAGACCCUCCGCCUUUGGUGCAGCACCGACGACAUGGUGCGCGCCUGGCCCGGCGGCACCGGCAACGUCAAGGUCGGCGCAAACUACGGGCCCUCCCUCUACGGACAUCAAAAAGCCCUCGAAGCCGGCUACGACCAAGUCCUGUGGCUCUUUGGCCCAGAUCGCCAGAUCACCGAAGCCGGCGCCACCAACUUCUUCAUCAUCUGGGAAUCCCCUGACGACGGUCACCUUCAGCUCAUCACCUCCCCGCUCGAAGACAACAUCACUCUCCCCGGUAUCACCCGACGCAGUAUCCUUGAGCUGGCGCGGGAAAGACUCUCCGAUGCCCCGCUGCAGGUGAACAUGGAUGAUGGAUCUAGUCGCAUUGUCGAGCCGUUGGAGGUCGUCGAGGAGAGGUUCACCAUCCAUGAUGUGGUGAAUGCCGCGGAGGAGGGACGACUCCGUGGUGCGUUUUCGUCCGGCACGGCGUUCUUUAUUGUCCCGGUGUCUUGUGUGAAGUUUCAGGACACGGAGGUACGUGUUCCUGUUGAUGAUGUCCCGUACGCGGCUGUCUUGAGGCAGUGGAUGGCGGAUAUUGUUUACGGGAAGAAGGAGUCUCGAUGGACGGAGGUUGUGGAGGAGUAG